UGCGUUUGUGACGAAGGCUACGUACGGAACGAAAGUAACGAAUGUAUAGAAGAGGAAAACUGUGAUAAAUGUUCGGAACCGAACGAGGAAUACACAAAUUGCAAGAGAACAUGUCCUCCAGAAUUGUGCAUUUCCAUUAUUGCGUUGUUCAAUUGUAAAGCUGACGAACCAUGUGAAGCUGGAUGCGCUUGCAAGCCCGGCCACUACAGACAACAGAACAACACGUCGUGCAUACCAGCGUGUCAGUGUCAAGAAAUGGAGGGAACUACGGAGUGCCGUGCGACCAUCGAGCAAUGACACAUCCACACGCACAAGGCGCGUCCUUACAACGUCAACUUGUUUUUGCCAUAGCCAAUCAAUUUCGUUUCAGCACAUUAAAGCAAGAGAAUUAAGACAUCAAGGUUUUUGCAUAAUGUAUUUUACUUGAUAUAUAAAGCAAAUAAAUAUCUAAACGCGUG